AUGUUUGGUUUUGCUGAAGAUGCUGAGAUGAUGAUGCAGAACACAGAAACAAAUACCGCGUCACAACCAGCUCAAGCACCGAAAAAGCCUUUUUUAAAAGGGAAUAUGCCUUUGGUGAUCGGUGGGGUUGUAUUAUGUGCUGGCAGUGUACUUUUAGGUUAUACGGUUGGACAUCGCCAAGGGCUAACGGUAGUCGGUUUUGAUGCAGAUGCAGAACAGUUGGUAGAAGUUGUGAAGCAACAAAAAACAACGCUGGCUAAUUUAAAUAAAAGCCUAAAUGCUGCUGUACAGGAACGAGACGUGGCUGUUUCGAAUUCUAACGAUUUGUUAGAGUCAUUGAACAAAGCCAAUGCUGAAAAAUCACAAGUUGAUGUGAUGAGUGCGAUUUAUCGUGAAGUGUUAAAACAACGUGGCGGUUUGAGUUUAACCAUUCAAAACUUGGCGGUUAAGCCAUUACCAGAAAACGCUUAUGAAUAUCAGCUUGAUCUUAUUCAAGUCAGUCCAAGACGUGCGACGGGUUCUGUCGAAAUUCGUUUGAUUAGUGGUACUGAGGUAUUAACAGUGCCAAUGGCAGAUGCGAAUUAUAACUUUACUGAUUAUGAGCGUUUAACUGGUCGUUGGACCAUGCCUAAGGGCUUUAAUCCACAAUUUAUCGAAAUCCGUCUAAAUGGUGCCACGCCAGUGGUUAAACGCUUUAGUUGGUCACGUGGACAAGCUGUAGACAGUGCAGCUGCGUUUGCUGCAGAGGUUCCUCAAGCUGCGGCUAAUUCUCAAUAA